AAAAAAUGAACCCCACGACGCUACUGUGAGAAUACGUUCAAAAACCGAAAAUUGAGAGAGAGAGAACGUAAGGAGGAAAAACUGUUCAAUCGUUUCAGUGUGGGACUGAGCUUUGAGAGGAACUCCUCCGUCUUGAAUUUCAGCCUUCCGUUCUUUGACUUUUUGAGAUUUAGCUGUUAUGGGUGAGGGAGAUGCUGUGUCUGAGAAGCCUGAGUCUGUGGCCAAUGGGACUACUGAGGUGGAGAAAAGGGCUGAGGUAAACGAGAAGACUGAUACUGUGGCGGAUAACAAAGAGGAGCCGCAUGAUGGAGUAAAUGAAAGGGAAGAGGAUAAACGAGAUAAUGCAAAAGUUGAGGCUCAGGAUAUGGAUGUGGAUAAAAAAGAAGUAGGCAAAAGUGAGGAAAUUGGUGAAAACGUGGAGGAUGAGACGGUUGGAAAAGAAGAAGGAAAGGAAGAAACCAGAGGAAACAAAGAAAAGCAAGAAACUGCUGGAGAAGUAGAAAUGGAGGAAAUAAAGACCGAGGAAAUGGAGGAAGACAUUGAGGAGAAAACCAAGAGUACAACUGAGGAUAAGGUUGAAGAGGAGGUUGAUGGUGUGAAAAAGGAGGCUAGCAAAGAGAAAGAAUCAAAGAAACGUCCGAGAACAAAGAGUAGUUCUGGAAAAACAGACAAAAGUAAUAAAAAGGAUCCUGAAGAGAAGAAGCAGAAAGAACCGAAAACCCCAACAGAGAAAAAGACGAAAGAGCCUAAACCCUCAGUAGAUAAAAAGGAGAAGGGUCCAAAAACCCCUGCAGCUUCCACAAUAGAACGCCCUGUACGUGAGCGGAAAUCUGUGGACAGGUUGGUCGCCACGAUUGAGAAGGACUCUGCUAAGGAGUUCCAUAUUGAAAAGGGUCGUGGAACUGCACUGAAAGAUAUCCCAAAUGUGGCAUACAAGUUAUUAAGAAGGAAGGGCGAUGAUAUUUUCAAAUUGCUGCAUACUAUUCUUUUCGGAAGGAGAGGGAAGGCUGCUCAACUGAAGAGCAACAUAUCCAGAUUUUCUGGAUUUGUUUGGCAUGAUAAUGAGGAAAAGCAAAUGAUAAAAGUCAAAGAAAAGCUCGACAAGUGUGUCAAGGAGAAACUAGUGGAGUUCUGUGAUGUCCUUGAUAUACCAAUUUCCAGAGCUAAUACGAGGAAGGAAGAUAUUAUUGCCAAGUUGGUUGAAUUUUUGGUGGCACCUCAUGCAACGACCUCUGAAUUACUUUCUGAGAAGGAGCAGCCAAGUAAGGGCAACAAGAGAAAGAGGGUAAGCAAGCCAGCAUCUGGGAGUAAUAUGCCAUCAAAAGGCUCAGCUAAGAGUCGAAAGAAAACUGAAAGUGCACCCAAAAAGGGUGGAGAGACAAAAAGCACGCCGCCUGAGUCUGAAGAUGAAUCGGGAGAAGAAAAAGAAAAAGCACAUGAAGAAGAUGAUGCAAAUGGUAUUCCAGAAAGAUCGGAGGAUGAAAUUUCUGAGCAAGCUGAAAGUGAGGAGGAGAAAGAAAGCGAACCUGAAGAGGAAUCUGACGAGGACAAAGGAAAGCAGAAGCGAGGAUCAGCAAAAUCGCCUGCCAAGAAAGGACCUGCUGGAAAAGCUAAAACCAAGAAAGAAACAAUCUCCAAAAAGGCCAGUCCUCCACCCAAAAAAGCACCUGCAAAAUCACCACCAAGUCGCUCAAAGAACAAUCACGACACAGCCGCAAAAAAAUCGUCUGGUAAGAAGAAAGAUGACUCUAUUAAGAACUCACCAACUCCAAAGAAGUCGGCAUCAAAGGAGAGCACUGGCAAGAAGGUCCUGAAAGUGAAAGAUAAGCUCAAGGAGGAGAAAUUAAGGCCAAAUGACGAUGAACUCAGACUUGCAAUUUGCGACAUUCUUAAAGAGGUCGACUUCAAUACGGCUACCUUCACUGACAUUCUGAAGCUACUUGCCAAGCACUUCAACAUGGAUCUUACUCCAAGAAAAUCAUCAAUAAAGCUCAUCAUUCAGGAUGAACUUGCAAAAUUAGCGGAUGCUGAUGACGCAGAUGACGCUGAGAAGAACGAGAAGAAGUCUUCCACCCAGGGUGUUGAGGCCUAACAACCUUGCUGGAAGAUGCUACAUAAACCUGGUGUACACUAUACCCUUACUACCUUCAGCUUCAUCAUAUUCUCCCCCGUAAUUUAUAUUUGUCCUGCUCGCACUUAGGGUAUCUUCUUUACCUUGAGUUAAACCAGCUGUAGUUUACUGUUAGUGUAAUUACUGGCUAACUCUUGUUCUGUAGAUUGAUAUGAGUAACUGUCUGUAGCAUGGCAUGUACACAUAGACGAAGUUGUAGAUCUUUUUCAUUCCCAUAUACACCGACCCUUGAACAGGAGAUGAGUGUUUCGACUUUUGGUCAGCUACUCUGUAUGUUUGAAAUGUUGAUAAACCAGUAGACAGCAGAUGAACCUUCGUGUUCCUGUAUUGUUGAGUUUGGCAUUUUCAUUUA